AUGGCGACUGCUGUCUGUUUGUUUCAGACAGUCAUAGCCGACUACGACAACCAAAAAGUCAAUAUCGAUGUCUACUACGAAAGUCUGUGUCCCGAUUGUCUUCAAUUUAUUACCGGCCAAUUGGUGCCCACGUAUACCAAAUUGAAUAAUAUUAUGAAUGUCCAACUGUUUCCCUAUGGUUGGGCCCAUACUAAACGGGUUAACCAUAGCGACGGUACCUAUGAUCUGGAGUUUAAUUGUCAACACGGAGUCAGAGAGUGUGUCGGCAAUUGGAUUCAUAGCUGUGUGUUAGACAGUGAACCAAUAGAUAAGUCUAUUGAGAUAAUUGGUUGUAUAAUGGCAUCCAAAUCACAUGCCAAUCCCGAUGUGGCUGCUGAGGAGUGCGCUAAAGUACACCAAUAUGACUGGCCAGCCGUUAAGGACUGUGCUGCCGGUCCGUUAGCUCGCGGUUUGUCCGCUAAAACGGGUCAACGAUUUUUGGCACUCAAACCCAAACCAAAUUAUGUCCACUGGAUUGUUGUGAACGGCGUCCACACCGAAGCCAUACAACAACAAUCGGGCGAUGAUUUAUAUAAGUUUGUUUGCGAUACAUAUAAGGGAACAAAACCAACCGAAUGCAACUAA